GGAGCCCAGCCCGGGGCUGCCCUGGUACAGCCGUGUUGUGUAUGUGGACGAUCAGGUCAUCUACGUCUACACCAGCGGGAUGCAGAAGGCGGAGCCUCGCACAGUGUGGAUGGCGCAGAACGAGGGUCCAGAGUUCUGGGACGAGAGGACCUGGUGGGCACAGCGCCAUCAGAAAUGGUUCAAAGCGAGUUUGAACACCCUGGGUCAGCUCUACAACCAGAGCGAGGGGUUUCACAUUAUCCAGAUGAAAUAUGGCUGUGAUCUCCGGGAAGACAACACCACUUGGGGGUUUUACCAGGAUUCCUAUGACGGACGAGACUUUCUUACCUUCGAUAAGGAGACCAUGACUUUAGGAGCAGCAGAUAUUGGGGCUCAGAUCACCAAGAGGAGAUGGGAUGCUGAAGUAUUUGACAACCAGCAGUGGAAACACUACUUGGAAGAGAGAUGUAUCCCCUGGCUAAGGAGUUCUCUAGAGUACGGGAAGGAGACUCUGCAGAGGAAAGUGCACCCAACAGCUAGAGUGAGUGACAGGUCAUCUCAUGACGGCCUCAGCACCCUCUCCUGUAAGGUCAGUGGGUUCUACCCCCGGGACAUCACCGUGACCUGGCUGAAAAAUGGGGAGAGCAGACAGCAGGUGACCUACUCUGAAGGCAUUCUACCCAAUGGGGAUGGGACCUACCAGACCUGGGUGACAAUGGAGAUUGAUCCCAAGAUCAAAGCCCAUUAUUCAUGUCACGUGGAGCAUGAAAGCCUGUUAGAGCCACUCUCUGUCUCCUGGGAACCAAAUAACAAUCUGAUUCCCAUUGUGGCUGGAGUUAUCACUGCAGUUGUCCUGAUUGGUGUUAUAAUCGGAGUAGUUGUCUGGAAAAAGAAACGCCCAGGGAGGAAGGGAGACGGCUACGCUGUAGCUCAGAGGAAGAGUCAGGUGAUGACUGUUCCCUUUGGAUAAGAGUCCCCGUAUCUACUAACUACGCUGGAACCCUGCCUGUGAGAGAUGCUCAUAUCCUCUCCCUUCUCCUCCUCUGCACAGCAAAUGACCAAGGAUCUAGUGGC